AUGGAUUCAGGACCUUCAAACUCUGACCCAAAACCACGAAAAAAGAGAAGAAUCGAUUGCCACGAUGAACAAUUUCCUUCCUCAGCUCCUCCAAAUGAAGAGGCAAAAUCGUUGUUGAUCCCUAACUUUCCUGAUGAACUCUUAGUUGAAAUCCUUUCGAGACUACCCGCCAGAUCCUUGGGGAAGUUCAAAUGUGUGUCAAAAUCAUGGCUUUCUUUAUUCUCAACUCCACAAUUCAUCAAAGCCCAUCUCGCGAUUGCUUCUGGAUUGGAUGAUUAUAGCCACCGCAGUCUCAUCUUUACUGUCCUUCCCCCAAAUACUAGCGCCCACCUCAAGCGAUGUUCUGCUGCCAUCUCCACCGGCAUUCUGGAGGUAACUGACAUUGAUUAUCCAAUGAAAAGUCCUGAUAAGUCGUUUUGGACCGUGGGUGCUUGCAAUGGAUUAGUUUGUGUCACCGUUGAUGAAAAAUAUCUGUUUCUGUGGAAUCCUUGUACUAAGAAAUUUAAGAACUUGCCUGAUAUUGAUGUGGAAUUGAAGCAUGGUUUUUAUAUGAUGUAUGGGUUUGGUUAUGAUGAGUUGCAUGAUGAUUAUAAGGUGGUGAGAAUAUUUUGUAGUUUCGUUGGAGUUGCAUUUGAGACCGAAGUUAAUUUGUACAGUCUGAAGAAUAAUUCUUGGAGCAGGAUUGGAGAUUUUAAAGGCGGUAUUCCAUUGAUGGAUUCGGCACAUUAUGUCAAUGGAAAUCUCCAUUGGGCUGCCAGCACUGGCCUUGUGUGGAAUAUUGUUAGCCUUGAUUUGGCAAAACUGACAUAUGGUGAAAUGGAGCGACCUAGUUUUGAAGACUGUUUGGAUUAUUGGGCGAUAGGAGUGCUGGGGGGCUGCCUUUCUGUGCUUUAUGAGUUUGCGCAAAAGGGUGUGGAUGUGUGGGUUAUGAAGGUAUAUGGAGAUAAAGACUCUUGGACUAAAAUUGUUACUGUUCCUUAUUUGGAUUAUCCUGAUAAACUUGGAUGCUCUUGGCCUGUUUGCUUGUUAAAGAAUGGUGAGAUAUUGUUAGUCAUCCAUUCAGUAUUGGUACUUUAUUGUCCAAAGAGUAAGAAGUUCAGGUGGUAUCCUCAGAUAAAUGGACUUGAAGAAGUGAGUAUGUUUGUUGAGAGUUUGAUUUCUCCUGAUCUCCAUGAUGGAGAACAGAGUACACUCCGGUUGCUUGGAUAG